UUGACUCUCCCACGCUCGUCUGAAAGACAAGGGGUAUAUAAUUGAGUGUGCUUGUUGCGCACAAGGAGAUGAAGUGAAUAACGGCAACUUUGAAUUUCAAGGGUAAGCUUGCGCGUUUUGUAGUCUCUUGGAGUCAACUGUCAAAAUUGUGCCCUGAAAAAGCACGUCCUGCCUAAGAUCCACAAGAAACCGCGAUCCUGAAUAUUAGGUCGGAAAUCUAUUUUGAGGGUAUAGUGAAGAACAGCGCGCCCACGCGGAAGAUGUCGGUCGUCCUCGUAAGAAAGUGAACGACUCAAUCAGUACAUUUCAAGUUUGUUAAGUACUGUGACCUUCGGGCCAGAUAAUCAUCGAAGUAGAAGAAAAAGAAGAAAGUGAUUUCAAUACUCAGAGACUUCAUAAUUAGAAAAGAAGAGGAAGAGCAAUAUUGUGUGGUCACGACAGAAAAGGCGACUUCGCUUGAAUUCCUUGGAUCUCCUGUACGGAAAACCUAGUUCCAACUAGUGCACGACAGUGUGGAAAGAGGGGAACGUGUCGCAAAUCUCCUUCGCGCGAGAUGACCGACAAUUCUUCCCCAAGGCAGUCACCAGGGUGAUCCCAGUCAUUGAUAACGUGCCACAAACACGAGAGUUCUCGAAAGAACAAAUCGGACGAAUCUUGUUUAGGAUAAAUAGAUAGAUAUAGACAGGUAGGUGAGUGGUUGCGAUUUCGCAUGAAGAUUAGGUCGGCGCUUUUGGGGUUAGGAAAUGACCGCAGCGUGUGGCAGAGCCUCAUCAAAGAGGAGUGCCUCGUAGUUCGCCAAGUUUCUGAUUGCUUUUGUAUCUGCUUUUCGUCGCAUUACGACUAGGUACACGGCACUGACAACGACGAAGACCAUGUACAUGUUUAAACCGUUUGUGUUUACCAAGCCCAAGGUGAACGGGACAGAACAGCCAAAGGGCCGAAGCGGCCACCGGAUCGCCUGUGAUCAUCGGAACCUGUACUCAUAUGGUGGUUUCAAUCCGUGCGUAUCUGAUACCGACCCAGACAUGCGUGAUGAUCAGACAUGGAGCGCCAGCAAACCAUUGUUCAAGGAACUGUGGCGUUUCAACUUUGUUAGUAAGCGCUGGACCAGGUUGCCUGGCCAAGAAAAUAUGCCGAAUGAACUGGCGUCGAAUGCUGUAAUACUGUGUGGCAAUACUCUGAUGGUGUAUGGUGGUACUGGCGUGCCGUUUGGUGAAAGUUGCAGCAAUCAGCUGUACGUCUGCAAUGUGGACGAUGGCACGAUAAACGCUGUACCAGCCAUAGGCGAGCUACCUGAACCUCAGUAUGGACAGGCACUAGUAUGCCAAGGUUCCUAUCUCUAUACAGUCGGUGGCACUACUGGUUAUGAAUAUACUUGCGAUAUUCACCGCUUUGAUCUGAGAAGAGGCAUCUGGGAGGUAGUAUAUAUUUGCUCAGGCAAGGAUGAAUCAGAACCAUAUGGUAGAUACAGACAUGAGCUUGCUUUUGAUGGCAAGAUGAUCUAUGUUUUGGGUGGUGGUACUUCAACAGAAUCUUAUGGUUUCUUGGAAAUACCAGCGUUUGAUUUGAAGACUAAUAGUUGGAAAAUUUUAAACACGCAUGGCGAAACUGAAGAAACUAUGGUACCGGCCCCACGACGUUGUCACGGUUCCGUACAAUACACGGAUGAGAAGAGCGGUGUUACUUCGGUCGUCAUAUCGGGCGGUUAUAAUGGCGACCGAGUGUUUUCUGAUGUUUGGCGACUUAAUCUUAGCACGUUGCGAUGGACACGUUUGCGAGAAUGCAUUCUACCAUGUCCAUUGUACUUCCAUUCGGCCGCGCUGACUCCGGAAGGUCGCAUGUACAUAUUUGGCGGUAUAGUCAAAAUGAACAACAAGGUGAAAAGAACAAACGCGGUUUACUCCGCUUGGCUGACUAUUCCCAAAUUGUCUGAGAUCUGCUGGCAAGCGUUGAAUUAUUAUUGGGAGGACUUGAAAGAUGCUUCACCGGACGAGUUGCUUAGUAUGGGGAUACCAUUAAAAUUCGUACAAAGACUUGAAUUCUGCGACUGGUGAACGAUUAGUUUCCUCAAUACUUCCAAAUUCUCGAUUCAGAUAUUUUUUAUGCUAUACGCACUUUAAAAUGUUUGGCUACGCUCCGAUUAUUCGAUAUUUUAAUGUAUACAGAAAUGGCUUAACUUCUAGAAUUUUCGAUUUUUCAAGAAAUAAUGAAUUUCGAAAAAUGAGUGCUUGUGUUUCUCAUAGUAAUAUAGAGAAGUUUCCUCUGCUAUAGAAUGGUUUGAGAUGCACUGUGGUUAUAAAACUGGCAACAAAUAUGGAGGGAGUUAGAUGUGCUUACUCGAUCAGAGCUAUCAUCAAGUUUUUUUACUAAGAAAAACGGAAGAGUCAUCUUUAUAACUUUCAAUGCAACUUUUUUACGAUUUUGUCAUAAUAAUGUGAAUGUAAGUAAUAAAGUAAUUUCACACAAUUAUACAUUAUUAUUUAUUAUAUUUGUGACAACUGUAAUUUAAUAACGCAAACUAUCACCAAGAUAUCAAACUUUUCUUCUUUCUUACAUUUACGAUUAAUUGGAGCACAUUCACAUUCUGGAUAGAGAACCUUGUUACAAAAAGCGUCUUAUAUCAGCAAUGCUUAAUAUUAAAAAGCAGAAAAACGGUUUUAACAUCCAGACAGACACAGAGGGAUUACAUGAAGCAUAUAUUCCGAUCAUAAACAAGAUUUGACUUUGCAUCGCCAAAAUUCUCAUUUCAAUAUUGUGUCAUUCAUCGUAACAGUUAGAAGUGUCUAUUCUUGUAAUAGUAAUCUCUCGAGUUUCUUAAUUUUUAAUUUUUUAACAUUGUGCAAUUAUGUAACCAUCUCUUAUUCUUUUGACGAUUCUUCUGACUUCGUUGCAAGAUGUGACCCUUUGACGAUCGAUUCACCACUGACAUGUUUUGAACAUUUUGGUGAGUUUUUAAUGGCUAGACGCGUUUAUGGAAUGCUUUACAUACUUUUUCAUUACUUAAAAAAAUGUUCUCAUUAGAACAUGGUGAAACACAAUUUCAAUCGGUUAAUCAAUCGUUUGGUGAGCAAUGUCGGUUUUAUUCUAUCCAGAAUGUCCAUCGUAAUUUUCCUAUAACAUAGCGAUUCUUAUCUUUAUAUCGCAUUGCGUUUUUAAUGUAAUAAGAUAGAUUUAUGUAUAUAAUUUUAGUUGUACAUUUGAA